AUUUAACUCCUCUAAAAUGGACUCUAAGGCCUUCUCAAAAGCAGCCAAAGAACAGGAAUUAGUCUCUCAAACUGUAGCCUUUUGCCAGACUAUAAAAAUUUCAGACAAGGAAAUAGACUGAUUGUUAAAUGUUGGGAAGAAAAUAUUCUAUCUCGAUUCACGUCGAGACAUUCUGCCAAUCAGCGAUCUAAUUCUCCACAAAUGCUACAUCAAUCUCUUCCUUCACCAAUCCCACCUCCAAUCCUGCCUCUCCCGUCUCAACUUCCCUUUCCUCCCAAACUUAAAAAUCCAGACCAUUUCCUUCACAAAAUUCUGUACAAUCUCUUCCUGACUUCCAUCACUGGCUAAAAUCCUUCCUAGGGUCACCUCUUCCUUCAAACUCUGAAGGAUGAAGGUCACUUAUAAGCAAGUGGUCAAGGUAGUCUCAGCUUUGUGUAAAUGAUACAAUUUUGAGCUAAAUAAUUGUUUGAUUGAUUGUCCAAAAGUAGACUCAAAGAGUUCAUAUAAAGAUAAUUUGAAUAUAAAGAAAUUAUUCGGUGUUGAGCUAAAAGCUUUCAAACUCUGCCUUUGCUCUGAUAUAGAAGGAUCAUAUUUCUCACAAAAAUCCCCAUUGAUUGAGGCCAUCUUUGGGCUUAUCAAAGGAUCUUCUCUAGAGAACUCUUUAGAGAAGAUAUGGAUUGAUGGAGACCUCACUUCUGAAGAAUGGAGUGAUCUCAGAGAUAAACACGGACUAAACCAUAUCGAAAUUCAUGGUAAGGGGGUAAUUUUUAACACAUUUACAAAACUCCCGGCAGAAAGUUAAUACCUCUAGCAUUCAACUCUGA